GCGCGCGAUGCACGCGGAGAUGACGUUCCCGCAGAGCCAACGCAUAUAGCGACUCUCCAGGCAGCCCGUCCAAAAAAAAAAAAAAAAACAACAAAAAAAAAAACUCCUCCUGCUGAUCGGCACAGACCUGAGAAAAAUGACACAAAUCCUGGAAUCUCUGGUUUUGCGCUGUCACAUUUGGGAUUGCUUUCUUUGACCUAAGCAUUUGCGCAUUUUGUUGAAGUUUACGCUACUCUCGGUACAGUCUAGUAGUUUUGAAGUCUUGCACAAGUAUGAACAAGAAGAGGCGACCUGAGUUGCGGCGACUGUCUGUCGUGGGAUAAAAAAAUUGCUUGUGGAUUAAAACGCGAAUUCAUGAGGAAUUUAGGAGGCGACGAGAACGAAGACCGGGCACAGCGCUUCCUCCUUCGGAUCUGACUGACCAUGGUCGCCGUGGUCCGCGCUCUCACGGUGCUGUUGCUCGGUCAGGUGUUGCUGGGAGGUGCCGCUGGACUCAUUCCCGAGAUCGACCGACGGAAAUACAGUGAUUCGGGGAGACAAGCUCCGGAGCGGUCCGAUAUGAACUUCCUGAGCGAGUUCGAGCUUCGGCUGCUCAAUAUGUUCGGACUGAAGCGCAAACCCACGCCAGGCAAAUCGGCGGUGGUUCCUCAGUACAUGCUGGACCUGUAUUAUAUGCACACUGAGAACGAUGACCAGAACGCGCGACGCCCGAGGAGCGCGAUGGGAACGCACGCGGAACGUGCUGCCAGCAGAGCGAACACGAUACGAAGUUUUCAUCACGAAGAGGCUUUGGAGGCACUGUCCAGCCUGAAGGGAAAAACAACGCAGCAGUUUUUCUUCAACCUAACCUCCGUUCCCAUCGAGGAGCUGAUCACUGCUGCGGAGCUACGCAUUUUCAGGGACCAGGUUCUUAGUGACACUACAGCCCAGACCAAUAGCAGCAGUGCAGGUGGCUUCCACAGAAUUAACAUUUAUGAGGUGUUCAGGCCAGCCCUGGCCCCCUCCAAAGAGCCUCUUACUAGACUUCUUGACACCCGCCUUGUGCAAGACUCUCACACGCGCUGGGAGAGCUUUGACGUGGGCUCCGCCGUGGCUCGCUGGGCGCGCGACUCCCGGCAUAACCACGGGCUCUUGGUGGAGGUGCUCCACCCUAAGGAGUCGGACGUAGCAGAGGAGGCCAAGAGGAACCGGAGGAGACACGUUAGAGUGAGUCGUUCUCUCCAUGGCGACGAGGACUCGUGGUCGCAAGCCCGACCCCUGCUUGUUACCUACAGCCAUGACGGCCAGGGUAACGCCGUCCUGCAUUCGAACCGAGAGAAGCGACAGGCACGGCGAGGGCCAAAGCAGCGCAGGAAACAGCACCAGCGCACGAACUGCAGACGGCACGCUCUCUACGUUGACUUCAGCGACGUGGGCUGGAACGAGUGGAUUGUGGCACCGCCCGGCUAUCACGCUUUUUACUGUCAUGGCGAGUGCCCCUUCCCGCUGUCGGACCACCUCAACUCCACAAAUCACGCCAUCGUCCAAACAUUGGUGAACUCAGUCAAUUCCAACAUUCCCAAAGCCUGUUGCGUACCGACGGAACUCAGUCCCAUUUCUCUGCUCUACUUGGACGAGUACGAGAAAGUUAUUCUUAAAAACUACCAGGACAUGGUGGUGGAGGGCUGCGGGUGCCGAUGAGAACUACAUCUCCCCAAUGAAGACUUUUAUUUAUACAAAAGAACUUUCAAAGAGCUAUUUUGGAGGAAGAUAAAAAUAUAUAUGAAUAUAUUUAUACUGACUGAACAAAAUAUGGGAAAAUAAAUAUUUUAAUGAGAGAUUUCUUGCUUUUUCCAGUGGUUCUAUAGAUGCUUUUUUUUUUUUUUUGUCCCAUGUACAUUUCAGAAUGAGUGCAAUAAGCACAUGAAGUAUAAUGCUCAGAUUUUUAUGAUGUAUUUAUUGCAUAACCACUUUAUUUGUAAAUGCUGUGUAUUUAUCAUGAAAAAUAUAUGACCUUCAUUCAGUGUGCAUCUGGGAAUACAUUAUUUGAAACCAAAAAAUAAACUAUGGAUGAUGAAGUUCCCUUUAAAAG